CAGCCACUCAGAGCUGUCCUUUCUUGUCACGGGGAAACGACAGGAGCGUCCUUAGAGACGAUGUUUCCGUCCACUUCUGCGUCUUAUUCUGGUGUAUCCGAGCAAUGAUUGAGGCGUUGAAGCCUAGUCGCCACUUCCGAAGGGGCCAAUGAGAAACUGGUUACAGUUCGGGAGUAACCAUGACGGCUGUCAUAGGAGACCAGCUGAUCCUGGAAGAGGAAUACGAUGAAAGCUUUAUUCCCUCCGAUAAAGAGAUUCAAGAGUACGCCAGAGAGAUCGGCAUCGACCCUGACAAGGAGCCAGAGCUGCUGUGGCUGGCCAAGGAGGGCAUCAAGGCUCCUUUACCUCCGGAGUGGAAACCUUGCCAGGAUGUCACGGGGGACAUCUACUAUUUCAACUUCUCCACGGGUCAGUCCACGUGGGACCAUCCCUGCGAUGAACACUACCGCCAGCUGGUGAUCCAGGAGCGUGGGCGGGGCCCGCUCACGGCCGCCGCCGAGGGUCUGGGUACCAAGAAGGAGAAAAAGAAGAAGAAAGAGAAGAAGGAGAAAAAGGAAAAGAAGAAGAACGCACCACUGAAAACUUUGGGGAGCCUGAGCUCAUCUUUGGGACCACUAGUACCCCCACUCGUGGGCUUGGCCCCCCUGAGAGGUCUGGAAGGCCCUGGCGUAAGCCGCCCCUUUGGAUCUGCCGCUUCACUCCAAGGGUCCCUCGGCAGCUCUGGGGGGCUGGAACCCCUCAAGACCGCCGUCCGGGGGCCUCAAAGCUUUGGCUUGUCCAGCAUGUUAGGCAGCAGACAGGAGGAGAGGUUGUCUCCUGCUUUUUCUGGUUUAGAUGAUGAAGACGACGACAAAGACAAGCUCUCACAAAAAGAGCUGAGUCAGUGUGAAUCAGACAAUCCACUAAAGAACCUCCAUCUGGACCUGGCUUCUCUCGGAGGAGGUCUGCAGUACGAGGACAGUGAAGGCAGCGCUGCGGCUCCAGCUGAAGAGAGGACGGAGCCAGAGCUGCAGGACCUGGUCCAGUCUGGAGACCACAGCCCUGAACUGCCCUCCCAGCAGGACUCCAAAAAAGGGCGGGACAGUGAACGGGGGGCCAAACGUGUUGCUGAGCAGUCGGAAGAGGAGGCAGCAGAGGAGUCCAGUGAGGCGGAGCAGGACCAGGAGGGAGCAUUGAGACAGGGAGAUGAGGAAAAAGAAGGAGAGGGGGAAAGGAAGGAUCCGAAAGAGCGAGAGGGCAGAGGGGAGACAGACGAGAAGGCUGCCUCCGGGGAAGAGGAGGAGAAAGAAAGAGAUCAGAGUGGAAGUAAAGGCCAGGAGGAAGGAAAGAGCAGUGAGAUUGAAGACGCCUGCUGUAUUGACAAAGAUGAGGAAAGUGAUGGACGAAGAUGGGAGAGGAGAGAAAAAGCUAAUGGCAGGGGCAGCAGACGGGGGAGUGAUGAAGGAGAGAAGAGUGUUAGCAGUGAACCCAGAGGCCAGAAGGCCAGGGAGAAGGUUACCAAGGAAGAGGACAAAUCUGUGGGAAGCAGCGAGGAGCUGGUGGAGAAAUUCCUGCAAAGCCAUAAAGAAAUAGGAAGUGAGAGGAGUGAGACCAGGAGGAGGACUUCCAGUGAGAAAGAGGAGGUAGUGAUGGUUAACAGCAGAGAGCAGGAGGAGGUUGGGCGGGAUGAGGUUUUUCAGGGACGAUGUGGAGGAGAAGAAACCCUACAGGAGGAUGUGGAAAUAGAAGAGGAAUUAGGGGAACGCCAUCCCAAAGGAGCCUCAGAGAGCGAGGAGGAAGCUGUUGAGCUUUUUAGUGCAGGGCCUCCCCCCCCUCCACCGGCUGGUCUAGGGCAGAAAAGCUUGAACCAAAAGAGCCGUGGUGACGUGGAGACACGGAGGUCCUCGCUUCCGGUGGAGGAGUCUGAGGCCAGUAAAAUCAUUGAGGAGGCUCAUUCCUCAUUGGAUAUCAAGCUGUCACAGAAGGUUCUGGACAUCAGCGACCUGUCUGGAACCAUGAGCCCACUGGACAGAGAGGAGAGAGGGGGAACGGGAGAAGAAGAGGGCAGAGGAAGAACAGCGCUCCAGGCCGACAGCCGGUAUUCUGUUGUUUUCAGGCACAUUUUGAGCAGAGACCAAGAGCCUCCCCUCCAGAACGUUGACCGACUCGUUCUCCAUCAGGCCAGCCCAACUCCGUCUCAGUCCUCCCUGUCCGAGCCCCAUGUCCCCCAUCCGCAGAAAGCCCACAGCCUCCUGCAGAGGCCCGAAACAUCUCGAGGCCGACCGGCCCGGAAUGUAGAGGAGAGCACUUUCAAAAAACAAGAGAGCCGCGAAGAAGAGGAGCCAAGGAUUAGCAAGGAGAAAACCAGCAUGGGAAAGAAAGAAGACUGCAAGAUGGCGGAGAACAGAGAGACAAGUUUUAGAGAGAGGAAAGAGUCUGAGAGGGGAAGGAGGGAGGCUGAGAAGGAGCCCAUGUUGAAGGAAGAGGAGAAGAGGGUGCAUCUCCUAAAGGAGGAGCUAGCCAGAGAAGAGCAGACAGAAGAGAGGAAGCUGAGGGUAGAAAGUGAGGAAAGGUUGAGGACUCUGCAGCAGCAGCUCCUGUCCCACAGGAGAGAGGAGGAGGCGAGGCUGAGAGAGGAGACCAGCCGAAUGUUGGGGGAGCUCAGGGAGGACGGGGAGGAGCAGCAACAGAAACUCAGGGAGGAGAGGGAGGCCAUGCUGAAGGAGCUGCGCGCUGCUCUGGAGGACGAACGAGCUGCAGCACGUGAGGAGCUGGAGGCUCGGAAGAAGCAGGACAUGGAGCGUUUGAAGGUGGAGGCAGAGGAGGAGCUGCAGGCAGAGAAGUCCAGACUCCGCAGGGAGGCGGAGCAGAAAAUGAAAGCUGUACAACAGGAGCUGAACAGCACGGAGCGGAGGAGGACGCUGAUGAUGAGUCCAAGGCCCGAACAGCAGCUGGCAGAGUACCACCGAGAGCUGGCCGAUGUGCUCCAGGAAGUGCGAGAUGAGGUGCAGCGUGAUCACGAGAGGAAGCUGGAGCAGCUCAGGGACGAACACCGGAGGGAGAUGAACCGCAUCCGAGAGAAAUAUCUAGACGAGGAGAACGCCCUGCGUGACACCAUGCAGUCCACGCUGCAGGAGAACAGGGAGCAUCUCCAGACCUCCCACGCCGUCCAGCUGGAGAAGCUCCGGCUGCAGCUCGAUACGCAGAUGCAAAAGAUUCAGCUGGCAAACUCGCGCAAGGAGUCUGAAGUGCGAGAACUAUCAGAUCGUUUGGAGCAGAGAGAGAGGGAGCUGAAAAGCCAGGAGGUCCUGCUGCAGACUAAAGCAGCAGAUCUGAAGAGGAGGAGAAGACAGCUGGAGGAAGAGGAAGAGGAAGUGGAUCGCCAGGUCAAGACUUUACCGCGUCUGAUCCGCGAGCGCGACCAGCUGAGAGAGGAGCAGCAGAGGGGGGAGGAGCAGACGGCCCAGGCCCGGGAGCUCAUCCACAGACUCCGAGAGGAGAGAAAUCGAGGCAGGGAGGAGGAGGACAAGCUGAAGGAGGAAAGAGACAAAGCCAGGGAGGAGAGCAGGAGAGCCAAGGAGGACAAGGAGCGGCUGGAGGGCAAGGUGGCGCUGCUGGAGGACAGAUGCAACCGCCUGGGUCACAGAGUCAGGCUUUACAGGGUUUUUCCUUUUAGUGAGCUGGAAAAGCUGGAAGCUCCUCCUAAACCAGAACCGAGCAAAAAGGAGGCAACAGCUCCCUCUAGUGACCAGACGGUGGGAUCUGAGGACCCUCAGGUCCCCUCUCCUGUGCCUGACAGCAGCAGCAGCAGCAUGGUCGAGGUUCGGCAGUACAUCUCCUCUCACGGAGCGUCCAUCCAAAAGACCAAACUCUUCCUGGAGAAGGAGAGCAGCCGGCUGCAGGAGCGGCAGGCAGCUCUGCAGGCGGCCCAGGCCAGCUCGUCUCAGGCCCACCGCCUUCCGGGGGUCACCGAGGAGGUGAUGAGAACCCUUCAGCAGGAGGCCCGGGCGGUGGCAGAGCUGCAGCGCACGGUCCAGACAGGAAACGCGCUGCUGCGCAGGAAGGAGGAGCAGCUCCAGCAGCUGGAGACCUCCAUGAGUGAGGAGCUGGUGCUGGAGGACUUGUCUCGCGGACCUGGAGAGAGGAAGGUCACCUUCGAUGUGACGGAGUCGGACCUCAGCAGCAGCGUGGAGCCGCUGGACGGGACAGGACAUCCCACCGUCCCAGCCAAAGUCCAGGAAUUAGCCGAGUCCCUGCAGCAGAUCUCAGGCCAGCUCAACACCGUCCUGAACGCGCUGGGUUCACUGGCUCAGAGUCAGAGCGCCGCCCCCUACGCCGCAUUCCCUACGCCCCACCCUCACCCCUCUCCGCCCUCGUUCAUCCCUCACACGCUAGCACCAACCUCCAGCUCCUUAGCCCCGCCUCCUGCUGUGAGCCUCCCAGAUCCACUCUGGAACUGGACCCCUCAGGGCGGCUCCACACCCGCCCCUCUCUUCAGCACCCCUAUGUCUGGCGGCCUGCGGCCCUCCGAGGAUCUCACCCACAGCCGAUGGAUCCCCAAGUUCUCAGGAGGUGAACCGAUGGGGUCCGGCACCACCAGAGCCUCCUCCGGGUACCCACCAUACACACCCACAAGAGCCGUGGAGCUGGACGGCCAGAAGCUCCAGGGCUUGAUUGACAGCAAUAAGAGGUGGUUGAAGCUGCGCAAGCAGGACAACAGCAUACCUCUGUUCACUCGAUACGCAGCUCCGUCCUCCAAGAGCGGCCUGGUCCAGCUGGGCCUGGACGACAACAACCAGGUCCGGGUCUAUCGCUAUUAGGCACAGUGUGCGGUACUGUGCAGGCGCGGCUCGGGGGUCGGUGUCUCCUCAUGAGGCUCUCAGGGCCUCUGACGGAGCUCCAGCACACGGUCGGGACCAUGUCUCUAAAAACGGGUCGGACCAUCGCCUUCCUGUGACCAGACUAGUCUGGGUGGAAGUCUGUGUCACGUCAGGUUACAGAUGUUUUUAUAAUGCACUUGUGUGACCUUUUUAGACAGCAUUGAUGCAGUCACGGUUAGGCCAAACAGUUUUUUAAUGGUUUUUACUCGUAUUGUUUACAUGACAGUAAUAUUGAGCUGCUGACUUUGAGACUUGUACUUCAGUGCAUGUGUCUGUAAAAUGUAUUUUUCUAUGAAUCCUGUUCAUAAAGUCUCUGAGAAUUAGUCUACA